CUCUCGUUACACAACACAAAUGUGAUGUCGUACACAGAAAAUAAUGAAUGCUAUUUCAUGAGAUUUUGGUUUUAAGGUGUAUGUUUUCCUGCUUAAUGUCUGUAAGUAUUCCUUGGAGCAUCCAGGGACUGAGAUGGUCGUUCACGCACGUCUCAAGCCACCUUCACACUGCACACGACAAACGACCGCCGAUAAACCGGAAGUCAUUCAUUUCCUAUGGAGAGUCGCAACGUCGCUGCGUGAGGUGCCGACCAUCUGCGGAUCCGUAAUUUUCGGAUCCGUUUUGAGCGUUGAAUCCGUUAAAAAAAUGUAACUUGAGAUUUAAACUUUCAUACAAAUGUCCUAAUAGUCCUGCAGUGUGAUCUCUGUGUUUGUUUGAUUUCAGUCUCAGACCUUUCCUGUGUGUCUGGUAAACUUUUACAAUGUAUUAUUACAUACACAACUGUUUCCUACGGAGCCCGCCUGGUCACCCCUUGGAGAAAAGAAAACAAGACCCGCAAAUCCGUGAUCACGGUUUUGUAAUUCGUCCCCUCAGUUUAUAAACCGUACUCACGGAUUAUUAAACUGUUCCCUCAGUUUAUAAAUCGUACUCACGGAUUAAUAAACCGUACGCACGAGUUAACAAUCCGUGCUCUCAGAUUUGUAAACCGUACCGUCAGUUUUUGUAAUCCGUACCCACAAAUUCAUAAACCGUGCGCACGCUUUCGCAAUCCGUACCCACGGUUUUGCAAACUGUACUCACGGAUCUGUAGCCUCUCCCUCAUUUUAGUCAACUGUAGUUCACAAGCACUACAACAGAACAAGAUUCCGGGUACGUUGUUAAUAUUAUCUGGUUAUUCUAUACUAAUCAAUGUAUAUUCAAUACAUUCAAUUGUUUCAACUGCAUGCUUAAAUUCGCCAUUGUAACGGAUAAUAGACAACAUUUUGGUGUGUGUCAUAAUCAUAUGUUUAUGAUAUAUAUGUAUAUAUGUGAGUGUUUAUGAAUGUUUAUUUUAAAUAGAUUGUACAGAAUACUGCCCAACUGUGUUAAGACAAAGAAAGAAACACAUGUCUUCACAACUGUCUGACCACCUAGGAGAAACACAACAGACAGAUAUAGAUAAAUAUUAGUUUGUAAGGGAGGAGCUCCAAGGCUCAGGACCAUUGCAUGGAUAUAGAUGGAUGUAUAGUAAAUGCAAGGAAAGAGGAUUUCAUGUGCGCAAAGAAGACAUCCGCCUGAUUCUCUCAACUCUUGAUCCAUUGGGCACAGAAAUGCCCAGAAAUGAAGAAAAAGAAGACUGCACAGGAGAGUGUACUUUUCAAAAGUACUUUUCAAAAUUUUGUGUGGCAUGUUGACUCUUACGACAAAUUGAAGCCAUUUGGCAAAUGUAUCAAUGGGGCUAUUGAUGGAUUCUCAAGGAGAAUACUAUGGCUGAAUGCAUACUGCACAAGCAGUGACCCUAAAGUCAUAGGAGGUUACUUCCUUGAAACAGUAAGAACUUUUGGUGGCUCUCCUCGAAUCCUGAGAGCAGACAUGGGAACAGAAAAUAGUGUUAUUAGGGAUGUUCAAAGGUACUUGCGACGUGGUGAUGCCGAUCAACUUGCUGGAGAAAGAAGCUUCAUCUAUGGCAAAAGUACAGCCAACCAAAGAAUUGAGAGCUGGUGGGGUAUUCUUAGAAAAGAAUGUGUGGAUUUAUGGCUUGAAUAUUUUCACCAGAUUAAAGAUGAAGGCUACUUCGAUGGCAGCUUUCUGGACAAGAACCUUGUGUUAUUCUGUUUCCUGGGUUUGAUCCAGGAAGAGCUCGAUUCGACCAAAGACACGUGGAACAGCCACCUGAUUCGGCCAUUAAGAAAUAGCCUUGUACCCCAUGGUCGGCGGGAUGUCAUGUACACCCUUCCUGAAUUAUAUGAGACAGAAGACUACAUAUGCCAAGUGACAGUGGAAGACUGUGAUACCUGUGAAGAUCAAUGUAUCCAUCGCUCUGACAUCCCUUGUGAUGAGGACAUUUUCACCCUGUGUUCACACAUCAUGGCACAACAUCAGCUUCGUAUUCCCAAGGAAAGGUUUACAGCACUUAAUCUGUAUCUUGCACUAAGACAAGAGCUUACUACAGAGUUAAAUAUUGUGAGAUAAAGACAUGUUAAAAAGCCAUUAGCACUAAAAAGUUGUUAUGGACAGUUUAACAGACAGUUCUUUCAUUAAAUUAUUAUUAUUA